AUGGGAAAAUUCACUCAAAACUACUCGACUUUGAUGUGCUCAGUGGCCCUGUUGUCUUGUCUCCUGAACAUUAGCCUGUCUGAAGCAAGACUACAAAUAAUGAGUCCUGUGAACCUGCAGUCUAAAUUUAUCAGUAAGUCUCACUGUGUAUUUAUCUUUAUAGAUGGAACCAUUCCAGCUAGCUAUGCAAACUUUGGAUAUAUUCCCUACGGACAUUCAAUUAUCGGCAAGAUAUACUACGAUGAAAACAAUUUAAAGGGGUGUAAUGAGCUUUAAAAGAUCCAGUUCUCAACUGACUAGGAUGGCGAUAUUACUCCGUUCUACAUACUUGAAAGAGGUGACUGCUCGUUUGUUAAGAAAGUGAGGAACAUGGAGAAUAUUGGCGUGGCUGUGGGUAUCAUAAUCAAUGACAGUGACGACGAUGUCAACAAUAUUGUUCUGAGCGAUGAUGGCACUGGUGGAGGACUCCGCAUCCCCACUAUGCUGAUAGGCUAGACUGAGGGAAAGAAACUUCUAGACUUUAUGAGGCGCGGCACUCAGCAGGAAAUAGAUCAAAUCGCUAUUAUGGCUGAGUUCAAGAUGGACAAGCCAGACGACAGAGUUGAAUAUGAUCUGUGGUUUACAUCUUCCAGUGAUAGAGCUCUUGAUUUUAUUUCUGACUUCAAAGAGUAUGACUAGAAAUUUGGCGAAAAAGUGCUCUUUACUCCUCACUACGUUUUCUGGAAAUGCCCAUAUUGCGAGACUGCAUAUUUAAAGAAUGAUUGCUAUUCCAAAGGCAAAUAUUGCGCAGUAGAAGCAUCUAAUAAUGACAUUAAGGGAAGAGAGAUCAUUCUUGAAGAUUUGAGAUAAGUUUGCCUAUAUAAGCAUACCUAUGAAGAAUAGUAGGACAGAUUGACCUGGUGGAAGUAUAUUGAGCAUGUGCAUCAAAAUUGCUAUAACGUGAUUAAUGAGGAUUGCUCAAAGUCAGCUCAUGAUAAACUUGGUUUAGACUUCCUCAAGACUCAGGGAUGUGUGAUUAAUUCCUUCUCUUCAAAUGAUUGGGAAUCACCAGACACCGUAAACCAUAUUAUUGACAACGAAAUCUAAUACUGGAAAGAUUAUGGCUCAGGAGUUUUCCCAUCAAUAGUUAUUAAUAACAGAACAUACAGAGGAUAAAUUGAGUCACUUGCAGUCUUUAAUGCUCUAUGUUCCGGCUUCGCUACUCCUCCUCGUAUGUGUCAAAACCUCUUGAAUUCCAAUCAGCCAGACUUCAUUCCCAUUCAGGAUGGGAUCAAGCCAGGGGUUAUUGUACUAAUCGUAGUUGGCCUAAUUUUAAUAAACGUGAUCAUUGUUUACUGUUUCAGAAGACAUGCUAAGCGAGAAAUGCAAGGUGAAAUGCAAAUGUAAAUAGAGAGUGCAGUCAGCCAGUACUUUGCUUUAUCACAGAAGGACGGCGGUAGACCCUACGUAAAAUGA